UAAUGAGCAGACAAGUGUUUGGAAGUUAACUUUCUGUUGGCUGGCAAAACUGAGCUCUCCAUUUUGCAUAUGACAUGAAUCUAUAUAUCGCUGUUUCUCAUCUGUGGGAGGAAAUGACAUUGAAUCAUCUGGCUAAAUAUGGGGUAAUAACUGCAGCUACAGUUAUUAGUCUGGCUGUGUUGAGAAAGUGGAUUGCAGGUGGAGUUUGCUACAGUUGUGUGCGAUUAGAUGGCAGGACUGUUGUCAUCACUGGUGCCAACACUGGCAUUGGAAAAGAGACAGCGCAUGAUAUGGCUAAGAGAGGAGCACGUGUUGUGAUGGCUUGUCGAGACCUCUCAAGAGCAGAGAAGGCUGCAGAAGAGAUACGCUGCUCCACAGGAAAUGGUAAUGUGGUGGUACGGCAUUUGGAUUUGGCCUCCUUCUUCUCAGUACGACAGUUUGCACAGGAAUACAUCGCCACAGAAGACCGAUUAGACAUACUAAUUAACAAUGCUGGAGUGAUGAUGUGUCCCCACAGUCUAACAGUGGAUGGGUAUGAAACUCAGUUUGCUGUCAAUCAUUUGGGCCAUUUCCUCUUGACUGUUUUGCUCCUGGACAUGCUGAAGACAUCUGCCCCCAGCCGUGUAGUCAACGUGUCCAGCAUUGCUCAUAAAGGGGGAAAGAUCCACUUUAAUGAUCUCAACUUCACCAAAACACCAUAUGACUCCUUGAUUAGCUACAGGCAGAGUAAACUUGCAAACAUGCUCUUCACCAGAGAGCUAGCACGUCGGACCAAAGGUUCCGGAGUAACAGUGUAUGCACUGCACCCCGGAGUGAUCCACACUGAAUUGGGCCGGUAUGUACAGACGCGCCACCCUGUUCUCAGCACCCUUUUAAUCAUUCCAGCCCUCCUCCUGAUGAAGACCCCUAAGCAGGGAGCUCAGACCUCUAUCUACUGCGCUGUUGCUGAGGGACUGGAAAACUACAGUGGUUGCUACUUUAGUGAUUGUCAGCUGAAGGAGCCACCACUAGAGGCUAAAGAUGACCUUGCUGCAGUCAAACUUUGGGAUGUGAGUUCUCAACUGGUAGGCUACAAAGAAGAGGCUUGACAUCAGCCAGGGUCCAAAAAAACAGUGAUCUUCCAUCACCAUCACAUGCCUGCAGUGUAUGCUUUUAAAUUAGUUUAAUGUUUACUGUACACUUUAUAAAACGUCAUAAAAUGUGAAAUUUUGUUAAAUUAAACUCCCUGGACAUGUCAUCGGGUCCCGACUCACUGUCGUAACUACAUACCUUUCCUAUUAUUUUCUCUAUAGUUUUUGAAUGAAUCCCACUUUUCACUAAAUAAUAUACUUUCUAAUAAAUAAUUGUAUACAGUUGUAUCUGUAG